AUGUCUGAGGCUGAGGAAGUGAAGAUGCAUAUCAAGGUUGUGAUAAAUAAGGAGAAAACGAAGGUACUAUUUGCAGAAGCUGACAGCGAUUUCACGGACGUGUUGCUAAGCUUCCUACUUCUUCCAUUGGGAACAAUUGUGGAAGUCCUUGAGAAGCACUACGGAGACAAGGCGCCUGUCAUUGGAAGCUUGAACACUCUCUACAGAGGUGCAAAAAAUCUUGAUCUCAUCCAUUUUCUUGGAGAGGAUGUCAAGAAAGAGCUGAUCAAUUCAACACUUUUUGAUAGUGAAUUGUGUAAACUGAGACUUAACAUUCGCGGAACUCAGCUCACAAAUUCCAGUAAUGGGGAAUCAUAUGAAGGAGUUUUCACUAAGAGUGCAGCUUCUUUCAUAAUCACCGAAAAACUCUUUGUAAUUCCUAGUGUGUUCGGCUCCAUCGUUGAAACUCUCAGCACUCUCGGCAUUGCUGUGGAAGAUAUGGAUGGCACGGAAACAAGAAAUGUGACAUUUGGUUUGAAUGAGAUUAUAGGUCUGCUUAAGGAAUCAUUGAUUUCCAUGGACCCACUCACUGCCCUCUUUUUCCCUCGGAAACUGAUUGAACCAACAGUGGGGCAUGUUUCGUUGCAUCAAGUGUUCCCGGAGGACAUUCUUAGGAACCCGAAGAUUAUGACCUUGAAAGUCAUGCUUCAAAAAUCUACAAACAAGUUUCUAUUUGCUCAGGCAAAUGCUGAUUUUGUAAAUUUUCUUUUUAACAAUCUCACCAUUUCCUUAGGAAGAGUUGGGUGGUUUCUAUGCUCUAACACUGGUCUCAAGAAAAUGGAUAAUUUGCAUGUUAGCGUGUCUAGUAAUAUUGAUAGCAUGUAUCUGAAAUGUAACAAAGAAUUGCUGAUCAAUCCCGAUCCUACUAGUAUCAAUCUUUCUGGAAAGGAGGCCAAUGAGUAUUGUUAUCUAAAUAUGGGAGGGAGUGAAAGUCAAUCUUAUGUUGAGGGUUCAAGAAUGUAUAUGGUAAGUGAUGACUUGACAGUUGCACCGUUGGGGGUAACCUCGGGUCUUUCUGUUAUCAACCAGUUGAAGAUCUCUUUAUCUGAUGUAGAAGAAGUAAAGCUGAAAGUUGGGCUGAAAGAGGCUUUAAACAUACUGAAAGCGUCUCUAACGUCGACCACAGCUUUGACAGAUGGCCUCAUCAAGCCCUUUUUGAAGGAACAACUUAUCAAGCCCUUGUUGAAGAAAUAA